AUGAGCUUGCAACCAAGAAAGCCUAAGCGGUUCACGUCACUCCACGGCACAACGCUCCGUGUGCUGGUUUUGGUCCUGGAACUUCUAGGCAACCUGGGUUCGUGGCUUGCCGCAACCUUUACGAAACGACUGUUCAGCUUCGACCGGCUAUGCACGACGCUGCGUUCGAUCGUUGAGCUGGGUGCUGCGGAGGGUUCAGCGACAGCAGUCGACGCCGCGGCACUCGCUACGAGUGCGCUAGACGAGCGUCCGUUGCCGGGUCGGCACAUCGAUGGCAGUUCAGCGACUCGACAGCCACGAGAAGCGCUCUCCUAUGCGCGAGUUUGGGCUCUGUGCGAAGCAUACUCCGCAAGUGUUGGGAAAACGCGAGUCGCUUCCGUUCAGGAAGCAGCUCCACCGACUGCAUUCGAAGAGCGCGGCAUCCGCACCGGCUCCUGCCUAACCUAUCAUCAACUAUAUCGACAGCGAGUCUGCACACCGCUGCAAAUCCUGGAAUCUACGCUAAGCGCUAUCCGGAAGAUGGAACAGGGAGGGAUGACGGCAUGGGGUCCAUCGCCAUUUUCACAGGUAUUCGAAGAGCGCGCUCGGCGAGCUGCGAACGCCUCUGCACAGCGCUAUGCGAGAGAGCCGCAGCCUCAGCCGCUCUCAGUCCUGGAUGGAGUGCUUGUCGUUGUGAAAGACUCGGUCAAUGUGGCUGGACGUGUGACCUCCAGUGGAACGCGCAUUCAUACGAUCCCUCCAUACCGAGACGCUCCUCGCGUCGCCGACGCGGAUGCACUCUUGAUCGAACGCCUCGAAGCAGCUGGUGCCGUUGUGCUCGGAAAAACGAAGAUGACAGAGUUUGGACUCGACCCGCUCGGUUUCAGUGAGGUCUAUGCGAUGCCGCCGUGUGCUUUUAGCGAGCGGCAUGCCGCUGGUGGCUCAUCAACGGGUAGCGCGGCUGCUGUCGCACGCGUCGCGCUGCUGCAUGUGCCUGUUGCCUAUGGUACCGAUGGUGGCGGUAGCGUGCGGAUUCCGGCUGCUUGGAAUGGCCUUUUCGGAUUGAAGCCGACCCAUGCAUUUCUGCUUCCGCGUCGUGGUGACCCCGGUAUCGCCUGCUCAAGCGUAGGCCACGGUGGCGUCCUCGGAGUCUCGGUGCUUGAUCUUGUUGCCUUCCUGGUCGCCGCGGUGCAGGAUACGUCACCCAACACGAAGAGCAUGGAUCAUUUGCUCGUGCAUGCUGACGAGAGCGGAGAUGGUUACGCUCCGAGAGGUUCAGCGAAACAUGCUGUGGCGAUGCUACUGGACCGCUUGGAGCAAUGGAGCGCAUCGCUGAACGAUGCCGGACAAAUAGCGGUUGGGUCCACGAGAAAGCUCCGCAUUGGUAUACCAUUGUCUGAGUGGCAGCGAUGCUCCUCGGCGGCGAUUCGACGCACUGGUCUGGACGCCUUGCAUCGGCUCGCGGAUCGCGGUUGGGCGGAACUCGUGACGAUACCCCAGGAGCACAUAUCUUUGCAACCGUUUGCCUCAGCUCUUGGAGCAAUUUAUUUGCCCCUGGAUGCCCUCGAAUGUCUUUUAUCCACAGACUGGAGCUUCAAACCACGCAGCGAGCUUCUUGAGUACGGGAGUCGUCUCGUUCUGCACACGGUGAAAGGCAUCACCGGAGCCGAUAUGGCCGUUGCUCGGCGAGCGAGAGCGGCCCUUCGAGUGCAACUGGCAACCCUGUUUCGUCGCAACAUUGUGGAUGUGCUGGCCUUGCCCACAACCGAUACGCUUCCGGUUGCGUUCCGGCCCGAUCGGAAACCUUGCAAGGAUCUGCGGGCGACCUGGCAAGCCGUCACCUAUACUUUUGUGGCAAACAUUGCUGGUUUGCCGGCGGGAACAGCACCGGUAGGUCUUGUGCCCUCUGCCGACGCACAGGGAAGCGAGCCGCCGGUUUACCUUCCAGUAGGCAUCCAGUUCAUUGGUGAUGCCUACGAUGAUGCCACAGUGGUGCAGGCACUGGCGCUGAUUGAGCGUUCUGGAAUGGUGCCUGCGUUGCCAUCAGCGCCUUAG